AUGCCUAGCAUAAGAAAGGCGUUAGGGGUUGUGGCUAUUGGGAUGGUGACAUUUACUUCUGCUUUGCCGGCGAUGCCAAAGCUUAGUCCUCGACUGUUGAAAAUGUUCAAUUUGGUCGAGAGACAGAACCCUGCGACAGGUCUACCAGAUGGAAUCACAGAUACGGACAUUCUUCAGUUUGCCCUCACUUUGGAAUUCCUCGAGACAGCAUUUUACCAGGAAGGGUUUUCGAAAUUCGCCGACUCUGAUUUCGCGGCAUUAGGUCUUCAGUCAGCAGACAUCACGAACUUGAAGUCGAUAGGAGGAACUGAGCAAGUACACGUCACGACAUUAUUAAGCGCCAUUGCAGCAACAGGAAGCAAGCCAGUAGCUCCUUGCACAUACAAUUUCGGACUUACAGAUGCUGCGAGCAUGGUCGCCACAGCCAGUAUCUUGGAGAAUGUGGGAGUUUCCGCAUAUCUUGGCGCUGCACCACUUCUCAAGUCCCCAGCAAUCCUCUCCGUCGCCGCAUCAAUCGUCACAAUCGAAGCCCGUCACCAAACCUUCAUCCGCGUUGCAUCAAAAGCAGCCGCCAUACCCUCACCCUUCGACACACCCCUCGGCGUCCGCAACGUAUUCACGCUGGCAGCAGGGUUUAUUUCCGCGUGUCCAAGCGGUUCCAAUCUAGCCGUCACUGCAUUCCCCGCGUUAACGAUGGCUGGUGGUGCAGGUGCAACGGCGAAGUUUGCGGCAGGUCAGAGCCUUGCGUUGAAUAGUACCGCUUCGACCGGUGCGACGUUCUGCGCGUUCACGAAUGGAGGUUUAGCUGGUGGAACGGCCUUUGUGCCUUUUGCGAAUGGAGCUUGUACUAUCCCGCAGGACCUGGCAGGUCUAACUUAUGUCAACUUGGCCAAUGCUGCGCCCGAUACUGGCGUGUUGACUGAUGCUAUUACUGUUGCUGGGCCUAUGGUUAUGGCUGCUUCAUAG